UACGCCAUAAUAUCAAUUUUGGUGUUGAGUUACUGAAAGUUGUUUGGUAGUGAGUACCGGUGGUAUUAACAUCUGAGUUAGUUUCGCCGGUUCGUAUGAAUUAAGUGUGUACAGAAACAUCUGUAGUUUACCUUAACAUAUUUAUUACGUAUAAUUGUAUAUAGAAAAACGAUAAAAGAUGAUGCACGGUGGACAGAGCCUACAGGAUAGAUUGGUUGCUGCACGGUAUGCUCUCGCUGGUCAAGGGUUAGCAAGAAUUGUGUGCAAAGCAGCAACGGAAGAACCUAUCGCUCCAAAGAAAAAACAUUUGGAUUAUUUACUGCAGUGUACAAAUGAACCCAAUGUCUCCAUUCCACAAAUGGCAAAUUUUCUCAUUGAGAGAACGCAGCAUUCAUCCUGGGUAGUUGUCUUCAAAGCAUUGGUCACUGUUCAUCACCUUAUGUGUUAUGGAAAUGAGAGAUUUAUCCAGUACUUUGCCUCAAGUAACUGCACUUUUCAACUUAGUAAUUUCAUUGACAAAAGUGGGGUGCAAGGAUAUGACAUGUCCACAUUCAUCAGAAGGUAUGCCAAGUAUCUCAAUGAGAAAGCAGUGUCUUAUAGAUCUGUUGCUUUUGACUUUUGUAAGGUUAAAAGAGGAAAAGAAGAUGGCACCUUAAGGACUAUGAAUGCAGAAAUGUUGUUGAAGACUGUUCCUGCUAUUCAGAAUCAGUUGGAUGCAUUAUUGGAAUUUGAUUGUGCAUCUACUGAUCUGAUCAACCCUGUAAUUAAAGCCUGUUUCAUGCUUCUCUUUCGAGACCUUAUACGGUUGUUUGCCUGUUACAAUGAUGGUAUCAUUAAUCUUUUAGAGAAAUAUUUUGAAAUGAACAAGAAACAUUGCCGAGAAGCCCUCGACAUGUAUAAGAAGUUCCUUAUUCGUAUGGACAGGGUGGCAGAAUUUUUGAAAGUUGCUGAGAAUAUUGGGAUUGACAAAGGUGACAUACCAGAUCUGACAAAGCUGAGCCAAACCUGUAGAGACCUGCCUAUGUUCGGCCUGAGCACUGCACCUAGCAGUCUGCUAGAUUCCCUUGAACAGCAUCUGGCAACAUUAGAAGGAAAGAAAGCUACUCCUAGCACAACAACAGCAGGAAUAGGGUUAACCACAAACCUCCAAAAAGCAAUCAUCACUUUUUCAUCCACUAGCAGUUCAUUUGGAACAGCUGGAGGUCAAGAAGUCAAUGAGUUAAAAUCAGAUGACCAGCUUCUUAAGGUUGUUGAAGAAGAAGCAGAUAAUAUGAGUCAGCAAAAGCACAAUUCUCCAUUUGUUUGGGAACAGCCAAGCUGGAAUGAUUUGGAGUGGAAGAUAAAUGAUACAGCUGGGACAAACACGCCAUCUAGUACUCUACCCAAUCUUUCGAGCAAGACCAACCCAUUCCUUACAUCUUUGUUUACCGAGGCAACUCCUACCACAUCUAAUAAUGAGCAAAUAGUUGACCUUUUCUCUUUGUCUUCCACGGAUGGGCCUCUUACAGUACCCAGCCCUGCCAAAGCAAGUGAUGAUCUCUUUGGCCUUAGCGUCAACCCCUUUGCAGGCAGCCUUAUGAGUGGCAGUGAAAACCAACAAAGUUCCUUGUUUGCCCCAUUUGGAACUAAUGGAGUUUCAUCAACAACCACAGCUCCUUCCACCUCGACUGAUCUCUUUGCAACAGAUGAUUCGUUUGCUGUGGCAUUUGGAAAUGAAACGGCAUCAUCUGUUGCUUCUCCAGCAGUAACUGUUCCUGCUUCUGCAAACAUUACCUCAGCCUCACCUGAACAUAGUUUAGGGGGAGGUGGGUUAAUGCUGCCUGUUGCAGAUCUUUAUGGAAGAUCAACUUCCCCAUCUCCAACAGCAGAUUUAAUGAAAGGAGCAGGAACUACACCAAUAUUGUCUCAUCCACCUGAGCCUGCUUUUGGUGAACAAGUUGACCAUUUGGAUGGAGUGGUUGCUUCAGAAACUGAAACAUCAACAGAUCUUGUUUGGGGAGAUAGUCCACAACCUAUUGGACCUACUGUUGUUCCAGGUGUAAGUCCAUUUGAUUCUUCAUUUCAAAUUCUUUCAUCUUUACCUGCUCCCAUGGACAAUGUGGCUAAAGUUCCUUCUCAGUCCGAGGAAAAAAUGGAUCUCUUCAGUAUGGAUGAAGCUGAUUUUGGAUUUGGUGAAAUAAACACACAUCCUUCUCUUGUGGCAGCCACAUCAAAAACAACACCAGCACCACCAACACCACCACCUUCUCCUUUUGGAAAUUUGGAUAUGCCUUCUAGUGCAGUUGGUCUAAGUUCUGUUUUAGAUCAUGGCCAGUCUUCUCUUCAUACUUUACAAGGUGUUUCUUCUUUCCAACAAUCGCCAAAGUCUUCAGCACUUGAUGAUCUUAAUUUUACCAUCCAAAAAGCCAUGAAUAGACCUUCUGCAUCUCCUGCUUCAUCUUCUUACUUGGGAGGAUCCAGGUCUUCAGCAAAGUCUUUCUCACCAGUUGGAGUCAGUCCUGUAACUGGGUCUCCACUUAGCUCCUCUGUGCCUCAUUUGGAUUCUCCAGUGUUGGUUGGAGCACAUGUUUCACCCACUCCUACCUCAGGGCUGAGUUCUCCAACUAAACCUCUAACUGGAGCAGGGUCUUCAAGUUCAGGAUUUGAUCUCCUUGGAGAUGUACUUCAGCCGCAACCUGUGACAGGUGGUGUUAGGAUUCCACCGACAAUAGUUUCAGAUACAAAGAAAACACAACCCACUGCAAAAGGAAUUGUAAAGGGAGAUCUAGACUCUAGUUUAGCCAGUCUGGCUGAGAAUCUUUACAUUGGUGGUCCUGCUCAACAAAUGAAGUUUGGAGGCCACCAAUGGGGUUCUUCAAAACCACCCUCAAAAACUGGUGCUGCAACUACUGGUGCUGGGGCAUCAGUCAGCUCAAGUUGGGGAUCUUCACAAUCUGUAUAUCAACCAAUGGGUAGUGCUGGGCAGUUUGGAGGAGGAACAGGAGCUGGUAUUAUGAGUAGCUCUUUUACUCAGCAACCAAAACCUGGAAUUCUACAACAAAGCUUUGGGGUAGGAAAUGCAAUGAGAUCCCCAAUGGUAUCUACAGGUAUGGGAAUGAGUAGUGGAAUGAAUAUGUCCAUGGGGAUGGGAAUUGCUCAGCCUCAACAGCCCAUGGGAAUCUUUGGAGGGAUCCAACCUCAACAACCUGUGGGUAAUAUGCAGAGAUCCUCAAAACUUUCACCAUCUGAUACCAGUGAUCCAUUUGGAGCACUAUGAAAGAAAGUUUUAGAUAGAACUGAUGCAUAGAAGAUACCCCACCACAUUCUGAGAUUGUAAUAUUAUGUAGGCUUGUGUCAUUGUAUCUAUAAAAGAUUUGUACGUUUAGGCUUGAGAGUUCCAAAGAAAGGUUUCAUCAACUUAUCUACCCUGUAUUUGAUCACCAUAAACUUGGGAGUGACUUCAACAAUGUGAAUGAAACUGUUGUUCAUGCUCUGCUGAUGUAUUCUGUUUAUCUAUAGUAUAUAUUUGUGGCAUCUAUAUUUCAUAUGUUAAUAUAUAUAAAUGCGAAAGGCCAUAUCUUGUAUCAGGUACUUACAUUUACAUAUGUAUUUCCAUAUUUAUGCAAAGUCAGAUGGUUUUGUGAAAGUUGAGUUUAUCUUAGAGAGAACAUUGUUUGUGCCAUAUUUGAAUGGUAGGAAGAAGAACUGUAAUAUUGUAUAGAACAUCUGCAGGCAGAAUUUUGUGUUUCUUUUGGUAGGUAGUUUGUUAAAGUAUUUAUUGUUGAGCAUUGUUUCUGUUCUGUUUGAAUAUCACACACUUGUUUUAUCCAUUGUUAACUAAAUGAUAUGUGGCAGUUGUGUGUUUCAUUUGAUUCAAGUAAGCUUGUGUGUGUGUGUGUCUAUAUAUAUAUUUAUACAUGUAUGCCUAUGUAUAUGCACACACACAGAUAUAUGUAGCUAUUAUAUUGAAUCUAGAAAAAUAUCCAAAAGUCGACUGUGAAUAUUGUAGUGCAUCAAUUGAAACUGAAAUGAAGUUACUUAUUUUUGUGUAGUUUCUAGCGGAAAUGUAAAUGUACGUACAUAAUGACACUUCUGUGAUGGUUCAAAGUUCUUCUAUUUUAAACACAUAAAAAAAGCAUGCGAACAGUUUUGUUUGAUAUGUAAAUAUAACUAAAACUGUAAAAACUAAAAUGUUCUAUUUACAUAUCACAAAAUGAAUUUGACAGUUUGUAACUAUGUUUUAUUCAUAUCUCUCUCUGUUUCUUCUAGUGCCAAGAUUAAAUGUUUUAGAUAAGAGUUUUUGUGAAACAUUGUUGGUGAGUCUUUUUAAAAUGUAACUUUUUUUUUGUACCUGUCUAAAUUUGAUAAAAUAGUUUGAAAAAAAAUGUUAAAAAGGAGGGGUCCCCUUAAAGAGCUGUUUUUGGCCCUACUAUGAAUUUCAAUCACUGGAACAUACAUGAAAGUCUGGCAGGUAGCAACUCCAAAAACAUCUAUGAUUACCUUUUCAGGGUGUUAUUAAGGAAGAAACACACACAGUAUCACAGUGUUAUUCCUGCAACCUGUAGAAAGCAUGGCUAUAGUGAGAAUGAAGUACAGAGAUGAUGUGAAAGAGUAGAUAGAAAUGUUCAACUCCACAAAGUUCACGUCACUAGAACCUAUGUCCCCAGAACUACUGCAUUCCACCCUGCUGCACCAGUGACAUGGUAUUGAAAUAGGGCAGGAACCCUUUGACUGUUGGUGGACUGUCACAUCCCAUUUUCAAUACUUGGGCAUGUCUGCUGGUCAAUGGAGAAAAGUAAGGAGUAUGACUAUUCAAUGUCACUAUUAUGAAUGUGAGAGUGUAUAGGAAUAUUUGAUGUCACAGUUGCUAAGAUUUUCAGCAUUCAUUAUGUCAUAUUUAUUGUCCUUACUUUAUGAGCACGUGUAUGUAUCACACUAGUUUUUAUAUAUAUCCCAUUACAUGUGAAAUAUGUACCAUAAAUAUGGUGGUGGUAUGCGCAUGUGCUCGAUGUUAAAGUCAAGUUUGUUUCUGCAUAAACAACUGAUUUCUUUUCGUAAAGUGGUACAAUACCCAUAAUAUGCACCCCAUAUUGACAAAACACAUUACACAAAUCUUCAUAUUGAUUGUUGGGAGGUAGGGCAGUACUGGGACUGCCAAAAGCACCAAUUAUUGUUACCUUCUCAAAACUUUAUUAUUAAUUGAUGGAUUUUAGGGCAAAAAAAUGGUCCUUAUGGGGACACAUUCUUUUCCAUUGUUAUUUUUAGGUGUGUAUAAUUGUAAUGAAAUGUAAGAAGCUAGUAUGAUGAUGCAAGAAACUACUCUGCCGAAAGAUCUUCAAAGAAAAAAAUUUUUUUUAACAAACAUCCCUUCCCUGAACAAAUAAGAGGAAACAGGACUAUUCUAAAAAGGUUUUUCUCCUUGCACAGCUCUGUCUUAUGAAUAUUGUUAUAAACACUUGCAUAAAAAAGCAAAAAAAAAAGAAAAAGAAAUUGGUUAAGAGUAUGAUUUAAUAUUUUAAACUGGUGGUAUUUUGAUUUUAUACAUAUCAGACUAGAAUGGCUCUUCAGUAAAAAAAAGAAUUGAGUCUGUAAAUAAUAGAUUUUCCACACUGAUUCCAAAGGAGUUGUAAAUACUAAAAAACUGAUUUGUUGAAUGAAUGAAAAAUGUACUUUGGACAAACAGUAAUCUUAUUUAUACAACACAAACCCCAAAAUAUCAAGGUUUCACAAACAGAUGUAUAAUGAACAGAGUUGUUGAGGUAAAUGUAAUAAAGGGUCUGUAAUAUAAUAUAAUUUUCAUUAGGUAGCAAUUUCUCAUGUGACACCACAGUUUUAACGUUAGAUUGGUAUCGGUGGCAUAGGAAGUGGUAAGGCCAUUCAUUGGCACAUAUAGCUACAACUUAUGUAUUAAAACUUGCUUCUUUUAAUUCUGUACGUUACGUUGUAUGUAUGUAAUAUUUGUAGUUAAAAUGACUCAAUAUUCAUUCUCAUAGAAUGAAAUUUUCAAACAUUUUCUCGGGGAGGGCAUGCCUCCAGACCCCCCAUAGAAAUGGCCUGACCACUCAAAAAUUGUUUUUUACAGCAAAGAGUAUGAAAAGAUUCGUUAUGUUUUGAAUAGCACAUAUAUGAAGUUUGAUAGUGAAUAAUACAUUGUUCAACUUGACACAUCUACCAGAUAUUGUUUUCUAAACUUUUAAGUACACAUAAGAAUGUGAUGUUUAUAUACAAAUAUUGGGAAAGUACAAUGUUAGUAGUUCCUACGAGUUGCAAGCAGUUGAAGAUAUUUGUUUUUUAUGAAAUAAAACCAUCAGCUGUGUGUGUAAUUUAGUUAAGUUGAGUAUAAUCACCAGUAUGAUAUAAGUAUAAUACUUGGUGUGAAGAUGUUAUUUACUGUUUGUUCUUUUUAAAGAAACUGGUACAGCACAAAGUUAUUGAAUUACUUGUUCAGAAAAAUAAUGUUUUCUUAAUAUAUACAGUGAGUGAGAGCCUUAAACAUAAUGUUUAUUCUUUCUGUCAUACUUAAAAAAGUAGCAUUGGUUUUGAUAUCAAGUGUUGUAAGUCAGUUAAAAGAAUAUAUUGGUUUAGUUUAUCCUAAUUUGAACUGAAUAUUUACCAUUUUAUCAAAUUAAAACAUGAUAUAACAUGUGAAUUUGCUGGUGUUUGCCAAAAAUGAACUUGCCAUUUAGUAACAUAACUGCAAAGGUGUAAUUACAACUAAAAUAUAGCUGCAGUAUAAUGAAGUGUAUAUAGAGGGGAGGCAUGGAGAUGUACUUUUUCAGCUAUUGGUCAACAUUAGGUUACAUGUAAAAUAUUACAAUUUAAGCGGAGCUACGGUGUUUUAUUAGAAAGUUGUUACACUAUAGGUCCAAUGUGUGUACAUUGUUAGCUGUACUUAGACUGUGUGGUAUCUUUUUUCAACUAUGUUGAAAGUUGUUGAAGAUUGAGAUAAGACCAUACAGACAGAUUAACAUGAAUAUCAAAGACAUUUCCUUAAGUAGAUCAUUUGGUUUGCCUACAGUAGCCAGAACCUCUAGGAAACAACUUUGGUGAGAUUCUUUACCGGAUAUAUUAGUCUCUAACUGCUGAGAUAUCUAGGCCUAAAAACAAUCAUUCCAUUGUAAAAUACCUAGUUUAUAAUUAUUUGCUUUGUCAGUGAUCAUACAAAGCUGGGCUUUGGGGAUGGCAAAUCUGUCUGUUAUUAGUAUUUAUUUUUCCUGUACUUCUGUACAUCCCAAAAGCAAUACCAUCAAUGUUAACUCAAUAGAAAUCUUUGAGUCAAACUAUACAGCAAACUUUGUGUAACUUCUGUUAUUUUAUGUUGGAAAUGGUAAAUAAAACUUAACUGGUUGUAGAAA